UUUUGGGCGGAAACUCCUUCCUAACCCUGGGGAUUUCCGUUUCCGCUGGCUGACUGGCUGAGGAACAUGGGGAGCCCCGAGUUGCUGUUGGACUCCAGUAUCCGCCUGUGGGUCGUCUUACCCAUCGUCUGUAUCACCUUCCUCAACCGCCUCUCUUCCGCCCGAUUUACCCCGCCUGCUGCAGGGGGAGAGCGCCCCGAACUGGAGCCCCUCAGCGAUAGCCAGGUGCUGAUCCGGAGCCGCAUUCUUAGGGAGAACGGGAAAUACAUCCCCCGACAGUCGUUCCUCAUGAGGAAGUUCUAUUUCAAUGACCAAGAGACGGGAUUUUUCAAGAAAACCAAGAGGAAAGUGAUCCAGCGGAACCCAAUGACCGACCCCACUAUGAUGACCGACAUGAUGAAGGGGAACCUCACCAACGUUCUUCCCAUGAUCCUGAUUGGAGGGUGGAUAAACUGGGCUUUCUCUGGCUUCCUGACCACUAAGGUUCCGUUCCCCUUGACGCUCCGAUUCAAGCCCAUGUUACAGCGUGGCAUCGAGCUGGAGUCACUGGACGCAUCAUGGGUUAGCUCCGCCUCCUGGUAUUUCCUCAAUGUCUUUGGCCUGCGCAGUAUGUACACCCUGCUCUUGGGGCAAGAUAACGCCGCCGACCAAAGCCGGAUUAUGCAGGAUCAGAUGACGGGGGCCGCCCUCUCCGUGCCGCCGGACACCAACAAGGCUUUCAAGGCUGAGUGGGAAGCCAUGGAGAUCUCGGAACAUCACUGGGCGCUGGAGGCCAUCGAGGAAGAUCUGAUCGCUCAGGAUCUGGAACUUGCCGGGGCUCAGUAGAACCGGGAUCCAUUGGGAAUCGGUUUAGUGCCAAAUAAAGAGUAUUUUUCCUACAAACACA